AUGCAGGCGUUUGCCAACCCGUCGUACCACGUGCAGGCGCUGUUUGCGCAGCACCAGGGGGUCUCCUAUGCGCGCACCUCCGUCGCCAGCCGCUCGCCGCGCGACAACGGCGUCGCAGCAGCCGCCACCUGCCAGGACGCAGCAUGCACCUCUCUGUCCAUCAAGCUGGUCAACUACGCCUCAUUCCCCCAGACUGUGGCCCUGACCAUCUCCAACACCACUGGACUCAGCAACGUCGCCAUUUUGACCACGCUGGCCGGGACGGGCCCCUAUGACACAAACUCCUUCGAUGAGCCUCUCAAGGUGGCUCCCAAGACUGCAGAGCUGCUGGGCAUGACAUCUGACAUCGAGCUGGAGCUGCCUGCCUUCUCUGUGGUCAUCAUUGCCACAUCAGCAGAUGACACCAGCGCGGCGGCCGCAGCAUAG